UUACUCUGUGGAGUCUGCUCAAGGCUGGAUGCCAGCUAAAAGGCACGUAUCCGCUCCAAACCAAUAGCACAUGCUCACACACACGAGGAAGAACCGCUGGGUGACUUGCGUCUUGGCGCAUGAGUUGGAAACGGCGAGCUGGAGACGAGACUGCAGCGCACUUUAAUGUUUUGGCAAAACUUCCCGAAAGGAGUUUUUCGCGCUUCUCGUAACAACAGUCACCCUUGCGUUUAUUAGCUAGACCUGCACUUUUAAUCACCGCCAGGGCGAGAAGGCAGGAAGAAAACGAGAACGGGUAGCCAAAAGCGCCGCUAUCGAACGGACAGCACUGCGAGGACAUUUCAAGGUGCUACUGAAAGAAGUGGGAAUUGUUAUCUUGCAGCAUGUUUGGAGCGAGCAAGAACGUGUGUGUACCUCUCAGCGUUGCAUUUGUAGUGUCUUUGGAGCUAGUGCUGUGUUUCCCUACCAGACAGAACAAGAGCGCGACCGCGAGAUUCAGACACGGCGCUGCUGCUGAGGCACACAUUCAAACAUCCUCAAGUGGCAUUAGCGAAGGCCAUGAUCUAGAGCAGAACCAGGUGCAGAGUGUGUUGACUGGCUCAUAUCAACUGCAGCAACAGCAGUAUCACAGGUGGUCCCAGCAACAUUCUCUGGGGGUUCUACCACAGCCUGAGCCGGAAGAGGAGUCCAAACCUUUCAUCUUGGACCUCAAGAACUUCCCUGACUUGGCCAGUGCUGACACUGGCUCUCAAAACCCCAACAUUCAGGUUACGAUAGAGGUGGUGGAUGACCCUCAGAUGGAAGUGGAGAUGGAUCUGGUUAAGGAGCGCAACAGUGAUUGGCCCAUCUCCUCCUCUUCCCCCUCCCCUGUGGUUGACUGGUUGGGUGGUAAGAAGCUGUUCUGGCCGCUGUUUUGGGGCUACACUGAUGUGGACUCAGGCGAGGACAGCACAGACCAGGGAGUGAAAGAGGUGGUGGAAGAUGAAAAGUUUGAAGAGGAAGAGGAGGAGAACUACACAUCUGAUUUUGAUAGUCAAGAGCCCCUUCCCAGUGGGCUAGGUGGGAUAGAUGGCGAAUUGGAAAGCCAAUGGAACCUGGGCUGGGACUUCACACAUAGAAACACUGAGAAAGACGAGGACAAUUGGAGUGCAUGGGGGCCUUGUUCUGUCACCUGUGGCCAUGGCAACCAGACUCGCACACGAUCAUGUGGGGAUUUCUGCAUGUCCACCGAAUCCAGGAGUUGUUACCUUAACCCUUGCCCAGAUGAUUUGAAUCCAAUAUCCAGUGUUUUCCCCUUUGAGAUGGAGAAUGGGACGGAACCUUUUGGCACAGACAUUGACAGCUGUGAGAAGUGGCUGAACUGUAAGAGCGAGUUUCUGCAGCGCUACCUGCAGCAGGUCCUCAUGGAAUUACCCAACUGUCCCUGCUCCUACCCCACCACAGCUUCCCAUAGUGCACUUAACCUGCCAGACGAGGGGCACAAGCAAACAUUCCACUGGAGGGACGCUAGCAAUCCCAAGGAGCGGCUGGACAUCUACAAGCCUUCGGCACGCAGCUGCUUGCGCUCUGCACUGUCAGCACAGGGCACCACAUUGGCUGCUCAGCACUGUUGCUACGAUAGCCAGGGCCAUUUGAUCACAAGGGGCAAAGGGGCAGGCACGCCAAAUCUCAUCAGUACAGAGUUCUCUCCUGAGCUACAUUUCAAGGUGGACAUACUGCCCUGGAUCUUGUGCAAGGGAGACUGGAGCCGCUUUCACGCUGUGCGGCCACCCAACAAUGGCCUGAACUGCCCUGAGAACCCCCGCCAGGAUGUCUUCAUGAAUGAAUUGGAGGAGGCCAGAGAAUACUGAUCAAAUGCCCCACACAACAACGCCAGUCCUGUCCUGUGAGAGUUUCAGUUUCCAUGCUUGAACUUCAAACUACAUUUCACAGCUGCUUUCCACCCUGUUAAAGGUGUAGCAUGUUUUUUAGCAUGGUUCCCUGCCCACUCUAUGCAUUUGUUUUUAGUGUUUAGGAGAUUGGUCAGUGGUCCAAAGGUGGCACAUACAUGCACAGCCAGCCUCCUAAAGUGUAUGUAUUUUUUAAUGAAUAUGUAAACAUUAUAUAAAGGUAUAUAGGAGUAGUCACAUAUUUUUCAAGUUCCAGAAUGUACUUUAAAGUUAUCAACAGUUAGAGCCUCUGAUCUUUUAGCCAGAAACAUACUUUUAACGCUGCUACGAUGAUUAACCUGAAAAACAUUGAUUAUUUACCUAGUCACUUAAUAUAAAAAGCUUUAUGGAAAGGAAAGUCAGACAGGCCAUACAGAUCGAGGCAGUUUAAAGAUUGGUCAAAUAUCCAGGCUAAGCAACACCAAUGUACUAUGAUCAAACAGAAUCUAUGUUUGCAUUAAAACAGUUCAGUUUUGUUUUCUUUCAAGGUCUGAAUGGUAGGCAUGGAAAAAUAUUUGUGUAGGGGAUGUUUCCCAACAGACAAGUGCUGUGUCAUGGACUUAGAACUUGCCAGCACAACAGCUCAGUGAGAGAAACACGUAAAUCAUCACAAACUUGAACACUACAGUUUCAUUUACUGUAAUUAUCUGCUUAUCAGGUUAUUUAUCUUGAGAUUUGAUCAGCAGUCUUUAAAUACAACACAUUCUAGAUAUUAAUUUUAAUUAUUGAUGCUGUACAACUUCUUGAUUAUUAUGUAAUACACAACUGUGUUGUCACCAGCUUCCUACACUCUUGAAAAUUAAGGUGCCAAAAGGACCAAGGGUUCUUUGGAGCAAUGCCAUAGAAGAACCACUUUUUGUUCCCUAAAGACUUUUGUAAAUGAGACAUAUUAGUCAGAAGAAACUGUUUAAAGUUGAAUGAACCUCCACAUAAUGUAAAGGUUCUACACCAAUUAGUUUUUUCUUGAACCAUAUGUCUAAACUAAGGACCUUUAUUUUUAGGAGUGUACUAAUUAUUUUAAGCCUACUUGUUUCACAUUACAAUGAUUUUUAUACGUAUCUGCAGCAAAAUUGGUUCCACAUUAUGGAAAACCUUGAUUUCAGAUGUUUUAGCAGUAACUGAAAUGAUAAUCAAUUCAGUAAUUCAAAUUCCAGCAAUUGCUGUUGACCUCUGUUGGAGUUCCUCUCUGACAGAAAGCAUCAGGCUCAUCUUUGAUGAACACUUAAAGAUUGAUGUCAUGGCGAUAUUUGAGAAGCUGACCAGACAUUACCUUCCACUACUAACUCAGGGGAACUUACUUCACAGCUAGCACAGUUCACUUACCUCUUCAGUUAAAGCCUCAACAGAACCUCUGAUUUCAGGUUGAGGAGUAGGGGAGUGCUAAAUGAAAAGGGCAGAUUUUAGAAGAUGGUUAAAAGGUAGUUUUGUGUAUACUUUAUGUGCAGUUUUCCUGUCAAUCUGUUAUUAUAGUGUUAUUAUUUUUUUUUCUCUGUAUAUAAUGAUUCAUUGUUUGGGAGCUGUAUAUUUUGUCAAUGUUUAUGCUCCAGACAUCUUUUCAGGAAUCAUUUUCAAGUGCAUACAAGUUUGCAUGCAUCUUUUUAUUAAGGAUGGCACUUUAUUUAAAGUAUAUACAAAUGAAUAUGUAUGCAUUUAAUGUCAUUUGUGGUGUUAUUAUUGUGAAGGAACCUACUUGCUAUUGUUUAUUUUCUGUCAAAUAUAAUGGCAAGCACAGUAUUUUGAGUUCAUGUUAGAUGUGAGACUGUACAGUAUUUAUUGUCUAUUUUCUUAAAUUUGAUAAGUCUUUGAAAUGAUAUUCCUACCUGGUGCACUACUUUGACUGAGACCUCUAGGACACUGUCUCAAAAAGAAGGGAAAGCAUUUUGUCUGUUACUCCAACAGCAAGUCAAAGGGAAAAAACUGUCUCUGUAUUUUAAUGCUCCGCUAGCUGAAAGCUGUGUUGUGACAAAUACAAAGAUGAAUAAAAAAGAUACAAAAAACA